UCAAUUCACCUGCAUUUUACAUUUUACACACACACACACACACAAGAAUAUUACUUAUAUGAGUUCAUGCAUAUAGAACAAUGUUUGACAUUUGACUUCUUAUGCAUAAGAUGGUCCUUUUGCUGUACAAUUGCCAAGUUUGGAUUUUUAUUUUAAUUGGUUGAGUACUACUUUUGAGAGAUCAAAAUGGAGGGAGGUGUAGAUGCUGAUGUUUUGCUUGAGUAUGUUGAAUUUCAGAUUUUUCCAAGCCAGGGCAGGUAUGAGGCACGUAUGUGCUAUGGCAAAAAGGUAGAGGCAGCAUCCUCUGGGCUUCUGGAGCAAUUAGUGCUGCAUUCUCCCAAAAUCAAAUCUUUGCACUACAAAGGAUCAGAUUCCAGUUUCAAAUUUAAACCUCUGGGAAAUCUUAGCGAUGCUAAAUGGUUUACGAAAUCCACGUUAAUCAGAUUUCUUCGUAUUAUCAAUUCAUCAGAUAUAAUUGAUGUGGUCAAGGCGAUGGUAAAUGAAAUAUCACAGCUUGAAGAUGCUCGGAAGUUUCAUGUUUCUUUAUAUUCAAAGGGUCCCCAAGAUCAUGUUGGGAGUAGGGAAACAGCAGGCAACAACUACUCAAAUAGGGUGGCAUCAACAGUUGAUGUUGAUGAUCACCCUUCUUCAUCAGAUGCCUCCAAGAAUGAAUUGUUGCGCGCAAUGGACUUGAGGCUCGCUGCACUAGCGGGGGAAUUGGCUGCUGUUUUUGACAAAGCUGUUGGCACCAAAUGCUCUUUUGAGGAUAUCACUAACAUAGAAAAGUUCUCUUACUAUUUUGGAGCUGUUGACUUAAGGAACUGUCUGCAGAAGUUUGUUGCAUUGCAGCAGGAAAACAUAACUGGUGCUUUUCUUGCUAAAGAACCAUCUCUGUCUAACAACGAUGUCGGGACUGAGAAAAUUGGUCCAGAAGGGAGGAAUUGUAAGACAUCGAGAGCAUCACAGUCAGAUACAGCUGUGAAAUAUAGAGCCUCGCCUGCAAAAGCUGCUCAGCUUGAGAGGCAAAUCUCAUCAGCAAGUGAGGAAUCAUCUUCGACUAGUGAGGAGGAACAACCAGCGGUGGAAAGGAGUCGGACUCUUAUAAGAUCUGCAUCACCAAGGAGGUCUGCAUCUCCAAUGCGAAGAGUCCAAAUUGGGCGCUCUGGAUCACGAAGAUCCACUGCUUUAACAAUAAAGAGUCUGAAUUUCGUUCCUGCCAGGGAAAGGUCAUUCUCUCAUAAAGAUGAAUCUGCAAGCGAUAAUGAUGAUGGGGAAGAAUGUGAGAAAACCUCAAAAAAAUCUGAGAACAAUGUACAAAGAAUAAGCGUGCAAGAUGCAAUUAACCUUUUUGAAAGCAAACAGAGAGGUCAAACAGUAGAUUUUCAGAAGACAAAGUCAUCAUUGAAUGUCUCCGUUGCUAAUAAAGCGGUAUUGAGAAGAUGGAGUUCAGGGGUGUGUGAACAUGCUAACCCUGUAAAUGUUGCUUCUCGUGAUCCAGUAGCUUCCUUAGCUGCCAAUAAAUUGGAAGAUCAUGAAAUCGAGAGUGCUUCAGAAAUGAAUCCAGAGUCUCAUCCAACUCCAGAAAGCUAUCAUGCUGAGGCUGCUGACAAUGAUUGCAAACCAAACACACCUCAAGAAAGAGCAUCUAGUCCUGAGGAAAAGAGAGAGGAGUCUCUCCCUAACCAGUGUGAAGAAACAAGUGAGAAAUUAAACGCCUCAGUUGAAUGGACUCGGAAAAAGGAAGCAGAACUAAACCAAUUGCUGAUGAAAAUGAUGGAAACCAAGCGUACCAAAUAUCAGAACCUGGCGCCUAGUGAUAGCAAACUCCAACGUCUUUCCAACAAGUGUAGAGGUGGUUUCUAUGAUCAUUACAAAGAAAAGAGGGAUGAGAAACUUCGUGGUGAAACUACCAGGAAGCAAGGAGAGAAGGAAAAGCAAAUUAAAGCACUACAGCAAAAUCUUGAUGAGAGAAAAGCGGAGAUGGUCUCAAGAAAUGCAACUAAUGAUAAUAAAAAAUCAAGUAUAAAGAGAACACAGAAAGCAGUGAAGAACUUGUCUGAACCUGCCAAUCCCAAAAGUGGAACUCCUAAAUCUGCAGUCGUAAAGAAAGUUCCAUCGAAACCUUCAACGUUGCCAGCAACCCGCAAGUCAUGGUCAUCUGCACCUUCACCAAGAGCUGCAGGGAUAUCAUCUGCUAAAAGUCCUUGUCCUACACCUACCCGCAGAAUAUCACAGCCGGUGCCAACUGCUACAAAGGUUGAGAGAUUACAACCAAAGACCGUGAGAGAAACACAGCAUUAUACCAAAAAGAGCGUUAAAGGUGUAAGUGAAAAGAAGUUAGAAACUGUGACAAAAACUAGCAAACCUAGAAGAUCCAAAGUUCAGCCUGCUUCUGAAGAUUCUGCUUCCUCAGCGAAACCUAAGCUCAGCAAGGUGACAAAGAGAAGUAGCGUGGUGCCUCUGGAAUCAAAGGAGCCAAAGCCUUUUCUUCGUAAGGGCUCAGGCACUGGGUCUGGUCUUAGUCCAGUGACAAAGGUUAAAGUUUCAUCUCAGCCUGAAGAGUGUGUGGCGGACACUGUAGAUUUAGUUCAAAUGGAAGAGGAAGAGAUGGCUUCUGUUUCAUUUGAUCCUGUUAAUCAACUGCAGGAUAGGGGUCUUGAAGAUUUAGAAGUCCAUGAAGAUAAAGACUCUGAAGCUCAGGCAAAACCCCCCCAGAUAUGUGAAAACACAGAAAGGUUUGAUAAGGUUACUCCAAAUGACACGGAUGAUUUUGGACAGAUUGAAGAUUCUACAACAAAAACAAAGGUUGAAGGAGAACCAAACAUCUCACGUAGUGCCUGGGUGGAAAUAAAGGAACACGAGGAUCAGUCAAUUCCAAGUAAUGGUGAUUUCUGUAAUAAUGGAUCUCUGGAUGAUGUUGUACCUGUAAGAGUCUCAAGUCCACGAGUUUGUCAUUCUCUUUCUCAAAUGCUGCUCGAAGACAACAGUGAAACUGACGUUAUUGACUGGGGUAGUGCUGAGAAUCCUCCAACCAUGGUCUAUCAGAACGAUGCGCCUAAAGGUUUUAAGCGUCUUCUGAAGUUUGCUCGGAAGAGUAAGAACGAUGCAAAUUCAACUGGUUUUUCAAGCCCCUCUGUAUUUUCUAAAGGAGAGGAUGACUCAGAGGAUUCUAAAAUUCUCACUAAGAGAAGUUCUGACAAUCUAGUUAAGAAGGCUACACUUCAUGCAAAAAAUGCUGGGCAACAGAAGUCGUCAUCAUCUGAAGUCUACGAGCUAUCUGCACCAAAUGGUAUAGGCAGAUUUUCUGCUCAGAAAUUGCAAGAAAGCCAUAUCUCAGUUUCAGUGACUACAACAAAAGCAACAAGAUCAUUCUUCUCUCUUUCAGCAUUCAAGGGGAGCAAACACAAUGAUGCCAAACUUCGAUGAGAUAAAUAAUGCGAUUAAAAGUUGAAACUUGUAAUGUGUUGCUUCUGAACAUGGAUCAGGGCGCUAGUUUCUUUAGCUUUUUCUAUUUUAACAAUAAUUUUUUUUAUUUAAAAAUUUGCCUUUCUGGAUCCGCAGCACACCUAGAGAUUACUUAAGUUACUUGUAAGAGUCUCUUGUUUAUAUUGCGAAAAAAAUAUUACUUAAAAUUUCCAGAUUA